GCAUUGCCAUUUACAAUCUUGUUGAGAAUGGUUUUGGGUCAAGAUUAGAGGCAAGGGCUGAAAAUUUUGAAGAAGUGAACACGUCCCAAUCUGAUUCAGAGAGCACCGGGGUCCAGGAUCCAGCUUUAAAUAGUUUGUCAAUUAGGGGGCAUUCAAUUUCGGAUGUAACAACUUUUAGGUACUGCCUGGGGGGCUUGACGGAUAGGUCUAUUUUACUCAAGGAAAUCACCACAAUCAUUUCAGAUGAUGAAAUUUCGGGUUUUGCAGACCAGGUUUCCUUCUACUCUGGAUGUUCUCAUCAUAGGCAUCAAAUAAAAAUGGCAAAGGGAUUGAUAGACGAGGGGACAAUAGCCUGGAAUUCGAUAUCACAAAACAACCUUCGAGUUCAAUGGGAGAGUGCAGUUUUCGAGAUUGAAGAGCAGUUCAUGAAGAUUGCUUGCUGCACAACUAGAUCACUUUCCCAACAGGACUUUGAACUUCUGCGGAAAAUUGCCGGAUGCCAAGAUUACAUGGCCCAAGAAAACUUUGAGAAGAUGUGGUGUUGGUUAUACCUGGUAGCUUUAACAUUAUCUAGUGACCGGAUAAAGGCAAUGUGGAAUUCUACAUCGCCAAAGUGGAUAGAAGGAUUUGUAACAAAGGAAGAAGUCGAACUCUCACUUCAAGGUCCGAGAAGCCUGCAAGAACCUGGGACAUUUAUACUUAGGUUUCCUACUUCAAGGAGUUGGCCCCACCCAGAUGCCGGCAGCUUAGUUGUGACAUAUGUCGGCAGUGAUUAUGCUCUUCAUCACCGGUUGAUUUCCCUUGAUAAUGUAUACAGCUCCGGAGUACGAGAAAUGAAUGUCAAAGUAAAACAGUUGCAAGAUAUGUUAUUUGAAGAACCCGAGCUCUCUCGACUAGGAAGGAUAAUUAGACGCCAUUGACCUUUGUUCGGGUGUAGCGUUGCAUUACAUGCUUGGUUUGCGGUGACCGACCAUUCGUAUAUUUCGCUGUCGUUAUCAUGUUGCUAGUUUAGGUUUGAUCGAGUCUCUCCUUUCCUUUAUCGUACGCCUAAUGUAAUAGUAUAUGUAAUAUUAGAAGCCAAGCCGAUGUAGGAUCAUAUAGGCAUUGUUAUGAUGAUUGACAUUCAUUUG